AUGCCGGAAACAGAAGAGCCUCUUACCCUCGCCCCAGAGGAGAAAAACUCUCAGGUGAAUACAAAUGACAACAGAAUUGAUCACAACCAGAGCCACACCAACGGCAUCACUAGAGGCGAGUCCGCGACCACGCCGCAGACACACCGCUUCGACCCAAGUUUCACGCAAAGCUUAAUCAAUGCAACGGGCCCCAAGGCAUCGCCGCGCAUGCGGAAGGUCAUGGCCAGCCUGAUACGACACGUGCACGACUUUGCGAGAGAGAACGAGAUAACUGUUGACGAAUAUAUGGCCGGCGUUGAGAUGAUCAACGAAGCCGGCCGCAUGUCCACUGACAAGCGCAACGAAGGCCAGCUCCUUUCUGGUGUCAUUGGACUCGAGUCCCUCGUCGACGAGAUAACCUACAAGCUUGCCACAGACGCUACAGACGCACCCACCUCUAGUGCGAUCCUCGGCCCCUUCUGGCGCGCCAACGCCCCGGCUCGAAAGAUGGGUGAGAGCAUCGUGCAUAACAUAACCGAUGGUGAUGAUACUUUCAUGCAUGGGAAAAUUACGGACUACCUGACCGGUGAACCAAUUGAAGGUGCGGAGUUGGACGUCUGGCACACAGCGCCCAAUGGGCUCUAUGAACAACAAGACGAGGAUCAGGUCGACUUCAACCUCCGAGGACGGUUCACAACAGGUAAAGACGGUCGUUACAAUUUCUACUGCCUCCGCCCAACUUCAUAUCCCAUCCCUUACGACGGUCCAGCCGGAAAGCUGCUUCAGCUCCUCGACCGACAUCCAAUGCGUCCAGCACAUAUACAUUUCAUUGUCAAGGCGCCGAAUUAUAAGCCAAUUAUCACGCAGCUCUUCGAUCGAAGGGAUAAGCACAUCACAGACGAUGCAGUCUUCGCGGUGAAGGAGAGCCUGGUAGUAGACUUCCUGCCGAAAGAGGGCGAUCCGAAGGCACGGUUUGAAUUGCCUUAUGACUUUCGCUUAGCGACAUAUGAGGAGGCUAAGAAGAACUCGGAAGAAGCUGAGGCAACUUUUGUUGAUCUGACGGGACUCAACCUGUCCUGA